GUAUGUGUUCAGGCGCGCCUCUCAUUGCUGUUAUUGGGUCCUUGCGUUGAACUGACAGCUCUGUUUCUAUCAUGGCGGCGUCCAGCAGAGAGCAUGUAUUGUCACUCUACAGACUGCUUCUGAAGGAGAGCAAGAAAUUCCCCUCUUACAAUUAUAGGACGUACGCUCUGCGGCGGGUGCGAGAUGCCUUCAGGGAGAACCGGACAGUGGAAGAUCCAAAAGUUGUGGAGGAGCUGCUGAACAGGUCCCGGGACAGUUUGGCCCUUAUCCAAAGACAGGUGUGCAUAGGGAAGAUGUUUGAGAUCCAGAAGACGGUCGUUGAACAGGAGGAAAAGAAGAGCGAUUGAUGUGGCGCUGGAGUGACGGUCAAGUGUUCUGUGAUGAUCCCACAUCCUCUGCUGUUUACACAGCCAUUUAAGAUUCUGUGUGCCAUGAACUUAUAUAUGAUUGUACAUAAUGUAGUAUUUCUCAUGCUUUGGUGGUUAAUGUUACAAUAAAUUCAUGUCAAGUUGCAUUUCCUUGUGUGGGUUUUCUGAGGAAAUGGCCGUUUUCAUUGAUCUAUUCCUUAAAGGUUGGUUUCACAGAGGGUAAAGGUGUCUGACAAGGCCGAGCGGUUAAAAAUAGCUCAUUCUGUUAGUUUUCAGUCAGCGAUGGCCUAGUAAAAGGUGACAGGUAUAAAGAUCACAUUACCCAACGCCUAUAAACAGAGUGUGUAUAGCAAAAGCAAGCAGUUUUGUUAGAAGUCUUAUGUUCGUGGCCUAAAUAUGGCCCAGUUCUAAGUGCAUCACGUAAACGGAGAUCUAAAUGAAAUUACAUAAAUUCAUGAGGCAGAAGCAACUUGCAUUAAUCAAUACGGUGUUAAAGAGACUUAAAAUAACACUAUUUUAUUUGGACAUUUAUUGCAUAGUGAUAUUAAAGCAACGUAUAAAAAAUAAUCAAAUAAUUUGUAGUCAUUAUAUUCUUAAAUUUAUCUAGAUACAGUAUAUAUUUGUUCAAAUAUAUGACUAUUAGUUUUGCUAUACACUGUAAAAAGUGAUACGUUGACUUAACUUAAAAAAAAAUUGAGGAAACCCGUUGCCUUAAAAUUAUUAAGUAAAUAAUAAUAAUAAUAAUUAAAAAAAGUUAAGUGAAUUUGACAAUUCACUUAACUUAUUUUGUUAUUAUUAUUUACUUAAUAAUUAUUAAUAGUUAAUAAAUAUUCAUAUUCCCAUAAGAUGUAAUGCAUUUACCCAACUUAUGGUAAAUAUUAUACCUUUCAUUUUUUUAAAUGGUAAAUGACAAAACCAUUAUUCCUGUAUAAUGUGUGUAAUAUUGUCUAACAACCAAAUCUUACUGAUCUAUAUUUACUUGAGCAGUUUUAUUUACAAAUCUGGAACGUCAGCCUUGAUAUCCAUUUCACAUCCACAAUGUUUAAUGUUUUUUUUUUGUUUUGUUUUUUCAGUUUUUAUUAAAUUGACUGUGAAGAUUUCCCAUAUGCAAAUAAAAAUGAAAAACAUGCUCACUAUAUAUCCAAAGAUUUUUUAAUUGCAUCUCAAAUGGUUGUCAUUUCAUCCUGGUACUGUUGUGUCGCAAACAUAGUCGGGAAAAAGGAAAUGGUUACAUACAGUAAUAUUACAAAACUGCAUUGUGCUGCACUUUGUCCAGCAUCAUUUGCUGAGUACAAUCCCAGCCGCUAAAAGAAAUCACUUCUGCAUUUGUGAAGAAUAUUUGCAUAUUUUCAAACAAACAUUUGCAUAUUGCAAAACAGAAGACCUUCUUCCCUCUGCGUUGCUCGUAGUCAAACAGAUGCAUAGAGCAUACAACGCUUGGAGAAACUGCAGCAAAGCUGGACUUUGGUUAAAAUGACAGAUAGUUUAUCUCAUAUGUGUACAUUAUAGACUUAUUACAGACCUGCUUUACUUUCAACACAGCCGACAUCUGUCCUCGCAGGUCGUUUUCUCAAUGAUAAGUGUCAGUAAUUGUGCAUGAGUCAUGAUAGAAACAACACAUUUUGCAUUAUUAAUAAA